CCACCAAUCGUGAUCGCAGCUGUCAGUCACCACCACGGGUCCCAGCCAGUGACUACUCGCUGGCACCUGGUGAUUGUCGAGGAUCUCCAACGGGGAGGAGAACUGUAUGCAAACAAUACAGUUUUCCUUCCUGUCUGCUUGUGCACACUGCUUUGGAUGGCUAGCAGUGUGAUUACAGUGAAGCCCACACACACCACCCCAUAUGUAAAACACUCCCUGCACACAAUUAACCCUUUGAUCACUCCCUCAUGUUAACCCCUUCCUGCCCAGUGCCAUUAGUACAGUAUCAGUGCUGUUUUUUUAGCACUGAUCACUGUAUUGGUGUCACUGAGGAUGUCAGUGACACCAAUUCAGUUCCCCAACAGUGUCACAAGUCCCGCAGUCCCGAUAUAAGUCGCUG